UGAAAAUUAAGUAAAAAGUUGAAAAUCAAUAGUUAAACCAACAAAUUUGUUGUAAAGCGGUUUAUCAAGGUCCAAAGUGAACGGGGCCUGAGUGAAAGAUAGAAAAAUGUUUUGUGAGAACGAGAGCUUGAACGUAAUAUAAACAAAAACAUAGCGACGUAUAUAAAUAAAAACGAAACAGAAAAUGGAGCAAGCGGAGGAACUGGAACUGGAACCGGAGCAACAUCUAAAGCACCUACUGAAUAAACUUGAAUCUAUCGAGUUGGCUCAACUGCCAGAAAAUUUCAAGGCAUACUUUCAGCGAGAGCAGAGCAGCUUGGAAGAUUUCGCCAUUUACUUUCUGGCUGCACUUCGUCAGCACACGGAGCAGCAUUUUCGUAACAGCCAAAGCAACGAAUCGGAUGCAUCCAAAAGUCAAACGCCUGUACGCCAACCAAAGCCGCCAAUACAAACAGAACAUGAACUAAAUGAAUCUCAGCUAAGUCAACUGAGCAUUGGCAAUGUAUCCACGCCUGUGCGACAGCAGUCACAUGGACGUCGUUCCACUGGCGGCCAAUUUAACAGCACACCGCAAAGCAACGAUCGAACAUCUAAUCGCAGUGCAGGCGGAGGAGCAAGCGCUUCUUCUAGCAGCUUUUGUCUGGGUGACUUUUUGCUCAAUACAACACCCAAUCAUAGCCAGCAGCGUUCAAAGAAGAAGCAGCUUACGCCACAGUCAAAUACAACUCAAGAUAAUGCCAACAAUAAGUCUCAAAAACCACGUCGACGCGUGGUUCCUAUGACUAUCAGCAAAAAUGUUUCCUCAUGCAGUUCUUUUGGCGACACCAGCUCUUUUAGCAACGAAAACAAUCUGUUACGUCUCUCACAGACUUGUGAACUGGAUCGCAGCCAAGGAGCUGAACUAGAACAGGAGGCAAGAAAGACGUUGCUCCUACGCAGACAGGAAAUCAAAAGUGAAGCGCCAGUUGAGCAGGAGAGGGAGCGGGAAAGAGAGCAAAAUAUUCGAGAUAUAGAGCCAGUCAGUUUGGAACAUGUAAGACAAACCAAGAGUCUACAAGUGCUUGCUAGCAUCUAUGCACUGCUCAUGAAUUUGAAUCUUGUGCCAAAUGUGUUAAGUGAAAUCGGUUAUGCGCUGCAAUUGCUCAACAUACGCAACGUGGAAGCUGAUGAGAAUCCUACAAAGUCUGAACCGGAAGCAUCCUUCGCCCUACUCACGGGCUAUAAGGAGUGCAUUUACUUUGCAGUUCAAUUACUGGAGCAACAGAAAGAACUGCUGAUGCAACUAGAUCGUAAAUCAUUGGCUGUGCUGCUCCAGCACGAACGUUUGUCGCUGCUCUCCAAAGAGAUGCAGAGCCAGCUGGAACUGACGUACCAGCAGAAGCAGCAGUUGAAAAGCAAAUGGGAGAAUUUCCCGGAAAUACCAAACCCUCAACAAAAUGUCUACUACCAACACGAGAAGGAUUCUCGUGAUAAUUUUCCUACUCAACAAGAGUUUGGAGCAUUUAAGACACAGCGAGAUCUUUUUUACAAGGCACUCAAGCAGUGGGAGCAACUACAUCUCAAUCGUGUCUUCUGCUUUGCCAGAGAUUUGGGUAACUGUGUGCGAGAGAUCUUUGCGCAGUCGGAACAUGCUGUGAAUAUGGCGCAUUUUGCUAAGCUCUUUGUCAGCCAGCUGCUCAUGUCCAGUGGAGAGACUCACGAAUCACCCGAAGAACUGGGCCUAAAGCUUGACCAACAGCGCCUUAAUAGGCUGGCUCAGCGUCUAAUCACCAGUAAUUCUAGCGUCGAGGAUCAGUUUCCACGCACUCAGGCGUUUUUUCGUGAUUUUAUUGGCGAAUGCGGAUCCUUGGCAUUUCUAGUACAGCUCCAGCUGGCGCUCUAUGUUCAACUGUUGCGUCAUAAUGAUUCAAGUUUUGAGUUGCUGCCACUGAAUCCCGAUGGCGAGGAGGAUGGCGAGGUGGUUCAAUCUCCGUUUAUCGUACGGCCACAGGCUCUUGCAGAGUUGCUUAUGUUGGCGAAAUUUCUAGGGUAUGUUUGCGCCUUUCCUUAUAAUCGGUCGCCCAACUCUUACGCUUGUCCUCAACAACUGCAGCUACGACGCCAAUUUCAGCCGCCAUUUGAGAUGCGCACGCAUCUGGAACGAGCCAUGCGCCAGGACAAGUUGCUCAUUACGUUGCCUUGGCUGGUACAGUAUUUAGCCAUGUUAGAUCUGGUCACACUGCAACUGCCUGCUACGCUGGCUACACUGGAAUUGCUCUAUGCGCUGUACGAAGGCGCUCUUGCCAAUGAGAAUCAACAGUUCUUUAUUACACGUAUCUGUAUUGGCUGGCUAUUGGAAUCCCAGCCUGUGCUCAGUAGUGGCUACUAUAGUCAAAGGAGCUCCAAAUCUUUAGAUGGAGCAAGUGCAGCAUUGGUCGCUGAUUGCCUGCGUAGCCUGAGCAUUUCGUAUAAGGGUCAGGCAGCGGCCCUUUUGGAGCAGCUUCUCCCAGUGGCUUGUCCUUCUCUUCAUGAAUUUUGUGUUUCCAUUACGCCCUCGCAACGACAAGUGCAGCGGAAUGGACGCUUUCGUUAUAUAACCACGCGGCUGGAACAGCUAAAUGGAAGCAAGAAGUUGCAAUCAGAGGAAACAGAUGAUGCUUUGCAGACUGUGCAAGCUUCACCUUUCGAUCAAAAACAGCGCAAAUUAGUGGACGCAUUUCUGCACUCACAGAAUGCAUCCAUGCGACGCCUAUUGGAAUUUGUUACGGAACGCAGCUUUAAAUGUGUGGUCAAGGAUGCACAACAGUCAAUACUCCUGCCUUCCAAGUCUGCUGCUGAUACGCAGGUCAAUGGCAUUAAGUCCACGCAACAGCAAGAGGUGUAUCGGGAGCUGCAGCGUAUUUAUCAACAGGCACGUAUCCAAGCCUCUCAACAAUGGGCGGAGCAAGUGCCUGCAAUGUUGGAGCAACGCAUCGUACAAUCCCUACAGGCUCUAUUGCCCCUUAACACCCAUGAGGUCGUGCGUCGCACCUAUACCCAUUUGAUUAGACAACAGGCGCAGCCACAGCUGCAGCAGUGGUUAGAGACGAGUGUCAUUAAGUCUAAUUUUUAUCACGGAGACCUACAGGAGGUUGCCAGCAAGGUGUGUCGUGCGAACAAAAGCAAUAACCAGGCCGCCAGCAGCAGUGGAAAUUCCAAUGAAAUGUGCCUAACGGAAGCGAGUGGACUCAGUGUGUCCGAGAUACUGCAUGAGCUGCAGCAGUGGGUGUACUGCCUCAGCAUGAGACCCGAUUAUUUGUCUUAUAUGACCGAUUUGCAGGGAUUGCUCGACAGGACGAAACAGGCAGUUCAACUAAAACAACUGCCACGCUAUUUCUAUCAGCUGAUUGGAUCUGUGUUGGUGCGUCUGAUACAGUUGCUUAUAUUCCGGCAGCCACAUUUGUUAACACAGGCCGUCAUCAGUACCAGCUGCGAGGUAUGGCUGACACCUCAAGUGUGUUCCACUGAUGAUGCAACACCUGGCUUUCUUGAAAGCCUGCUCAACGUCAGCUUUGUGCAGGAGCUUAGCUCUAAUCCUUCGAGCUUUCAGCUGCUGCAUCACCUGCUUCACGCCAUGCUGGAAGCUCGCGUGCUCAGCGUCGAUAAGCUCAAUCAAUUAUUUUUGCCACUGUUUAAGGAGAAUUGGACACCGCCUGUGUGGAGCUCGCUAUCACAGCUGCUCCACCAAUUGUCUCAAAAUCACUCCGAUGGCGAUAACAAUAAAGUCGAUGACGACGAUAAAUCGCAUUUGUUUAUGGAAAUGUUAGCGGAUUUGUCGCAAGAUUUGGAUAGUUUUUAA